GCAGCGAAGAAACGUCAGGAAGAGGAAAAUCGCCUACAAUAUGAAGCACGUCGCAAGGCAGAACGUGAACGUGUUGAGCAGGAGCUGCAAAGUUUACGCGAGAAACAAGAACGACGACGUCGGGAACGAGAGCAAGAAGAGAAGGAGCUGGCCGAAAAGAUGCGGCUGGCUGAAGAGAAACGUCGUCAGGAAGAAGAAGAAAGCAAAAUACGAAUGGAGGCACAAAAGCAGAAGCGUGAAGAGGAGCGACGCAAAAAGCAAGCGAUGCUUGCCGACUCGCUCGCUGGCAUUGUUUCGCUGAACAGCAACAUUCCGAAUUUUAUCCUCCAGAAACAGGAAAAGCAAGAACGAAAUGGAAAAGCAUCCAUGAAGAACGGUAAAAGCAAGGAGGAGAAAGAAGAAGCAAAACGUGCCUACAUGGCUUUAAUAUCCCAGAAGCCUGUAGUUUCGCAGUUAUUGACGAAUGAUCUGAAAAUAAAGAUUCAGCAAUUGCAUGCGCAUAUCUGUAAGCUGGAAGCCGUUAAAUACGAUCUCGAGAAACGCCACGAACGACAGCUUUACGAUGUAAGUGAAUUUCCUACAGUCGAAAAACCGCCACCAAUAGUGCACGGUACAGCACGGCCACCACCGGAGUGGGGACGCACCGAGAACGAGGAGUUGGAACAGCUACGUAAAAUCAUUGAACCCCAUAAGUAUGUGGAACAAGUGAAAGUGGAAAAUGCACGACCACCAAUCGAACCAAUUCCAUUAUCCGUACCAGGUCUGCAAGGAUGA